AUGUUACAAAAUGAAGGGAAAGAUAGGAUUAGUGCUCUAUCAAACACACUUCUUUCCAUUAUCCUAUCUUUUAUGCAAACAAAAGAGACUGUUAGAACCUGUGUGUUAUCCAAAAGAUGGAAAUAUGUUUGGACUAAAGUUCCAGUUUUCGACUUUGCUCCGUUGGAUUAUGCACCAAGCAAAUCCUCUUUCAUAUCGUUCGUGUACAAGGCCUUAGCCUUCAAUCAUGCACCGGAACUGAAAAUCUUCCGAUUGAGUAGUGUCGAUAUCUUUGAAGACUUUCAUGUUCAAUCAUGGAUUUGGUCUAUUAUGAGACGUGGUGUCGUAGAAGUCGAACUUUGUUCUUUCGGUAUAGAAACAAAGAUAGCUGAAGGGAUCUUUUCCAGUGAGAAACUCAGGGUAUUGAAGUUGAGUGGGAAGUUUAUUUUCUCUGUUCUUAAUUUUAAGCUUCCAAAUCUUAAGAUUCUUCACCUUUCUGGUGUGAUACUUAAAGAUAGUCUGUAUGAUAUCAAUUCAGUUUUCCCUUUACUAGGAGAACUUGUGCUCUAUAAUUGGUCUGGUAUUAAGAUACUAAACAUUCAUUCAUGCUCUUUAAGAAUGCUGAAAAUCAGGAACUUCGUGCUUCAUACUGGAAAAGUACAAGAUAUAGUCAUCGAAGCACCGAACUUGGAAUACUUAUUUCUUUCAGAUAAUGUUUCGGUCUAUGAUAUAAGGGGUGCUCGAUCGUUGAUCGAAGCUAAGAUUAAUGUUUGCAAACAAAGUUGUGCAAUGCGUGAGCUUCUUCACCAAAUUUCAGGUUUGAGGAGUUUGCGACUAUCAAUAGUAACCAUACAUCAAUCCUUUGAAAAUCUGUACCCUCAUCAGUUGCCAGUGUUCCAUAACUUGACCAAUUUGGAGCUAGCAGACGGAGAAGUGGAUGGAUUACUGGAAUCCCCUCCCAUAUUCUACACCGAAAUGCUUAUCAUACGCUCUCAAGGUUAUCAAAUUCUACGACUUUUGUGGGUUCGAAGAACAAGUGAGUAUGGGAGAAUAUUUCUUGAGAACUGCCGCAAGGUUGAGGGUGCUGAAGAUCCACACAGCUCAUCGAGAUGCUGA